AUAUACAACAAUGACAACAAUAAAUAAAAUGGCAGGACAUGUAAAAAAUAAGUUCCAUUAAAGUUCUUAUUAAAUUUGUUUUUCUUGCACUGGAAGUUUAUAGUAAAAGAAUUACGUUAGUGUUAAUUAUUAGUGUUGUGUUUAAUAUGGCCAGGAGACGAGACAUAUCUCAUGAAGAAAUUGUAAAACAAUUUAGCUUACCUGAACGUCAGUCAAAAAUUGAUACUCUUCUCAAGCAGGAUGGACAGGCUUAUUGUCUUUGCAGAUCUUCUGAUAGUUCCAGAUUCAUGAUAGCAUGUGAUGCUUGUGAAGAAUGGUAUCACGGAGAUUGUAUAGCCAUUUCUGAGAAAGAAGCCAAGCUAAUAAAGCAAUAUGUUUGCAUAAGAUGUCAUGAAGAAGAUCCUACACUCAUUACACGGUGGAAGACCAAACGUGAGGAUAACUAUACUGAUAAGGAGGAACAUAGAUCCCGAAAACGGAAGGAUCGUAGUGAAAAUAAGAUAGACAAGAAAAAGAAGAAAUGUGGAGAUUGUAUGGGAUGCUACAGAACAGAAGAUUGUGGUCGGUGUGAUGUUUGUACAAGGAAAUUUAAACACAGUAGACAAAAAGAACGUUGCAAGCAACGUAUUUGUGUUAAUUAUGGGGGGAGCCAUAAUCGUCGCAAAAGGAGGGAUUCCACCUCAGAUAAUGAACCCAAUACAGCAACCCAUUUAAUGACAGACUACCCCCGACAGUGUUAUGGCCCUGGAUGUAGCAAUAGUGCACGCUAUGGCUCCAAAUAUUGUUCAGACGUCUGCGGAAUUCGUCUCGCAACCAAUCGUAUUUGUCAAGUGUUACCGCAAAGAAUACAAGAAUGGGCCCUCAGCCCUUGUAUUGCUGAAGAAAAAAAUAUUAAAGCUCUUGACCAAGUGAGAAAGCAGCAGCUUGAAGUAAGGCAAAUUUUACAAGAAUUAGAUAAACGCCAUGGGGAAUUGGACCUUAUCAUAGACAGAGCAAAAAAUGCUAGUAUUGUUCCAAACCAAGAGACAGACAAUGACGAUGACACCGAGAUUUCAACAUACUGUAUUACUUGUGGUCACGAGAUUCACUCAAAAACAGCCAUUAAGCACAUGGAAAAGUGUUUUAAUAAAUAUGAAUCACAGGCAACGUUUGGGUCCAUAUUUAAAACAAAAAUUGAAGGAAAUAACAUGUUCUGCGACUUCUUUAAUCCAUCAAACAGAACUUAUUGCAAAAGAUUAAGAGUUUUAUGUCCUGAACAUUGUAAAGAUCCAAAAGUGAAUGAAAACGAAGUAUGUGGCUGUCCUUUGGUGACUAACGUCUUCUCCCCAACAGGCGAAUUCUGCCGAGCUCCAAAGAAGUCCUGCACUAAACAUUACGUUUGGGAAAAAUUAAGACGAGCUGAGAUUGAUCUGGAAAGAGUACGACAGUGGUUAAAGAUGGACGAAUUAUUAGAUAAGGAACGUCAAAUAAGACAUGCCAUGGCUUCUAGAGCUGGAGUAUUGGCACUUAUGUUGCACUCAACGUAUAAUCAUGAGGUAAUGGAACAAAUUACAAAAGCUAGUCAACAAGACCAAGCUGCUAUGCAAAAGGAAAUUGCCGAACGAUUUCGAAAAGGGGUAAAACAACGUUUAUCUUAGAUUUAUAUAAAAAAAAGGUGGAGACAGAAGCGUCUAUUGUUAAGGGAGGUAUUACUAUUAUUUGGCAAACACCUUACAGAAAGAUGUAAUGAUAAGGGGGAUUAUUUGUUUACCUAUUUCAAAUAAAAACUCUAUAUCAAGAAGAUAAAGAAAAUAGUA